UCAAGUAUGGCGGCGACCACAGCCAGAACCCGAUCAGGCAGACCCCCAGAGUAUGUUAUAAUCAGGGACGUAAAUGACUCUGAUCUCACACAAGAAGAUCUCGAAGAAGAGCUAGAGAGAGCUUUUGACGAAGAGGCUGAAGUUAUAGUUAUAGAACCUGUGGCCUUGGGCAACGAAGUUGUGAAAUGGAUCUCGUUCGGCAACUUCCUUCAUAAAAGUUGCGUUUUAUCAGGAUUUGCCUGUUUAACCUUGCCAAUUGUCUCCAAAUCUGACAUUGCUUCACUCGUCUGUGGAGCAGUGAGUGUAUCCUGCGCAAGUGUGUAUGCUCUUUCAUGGCAGAGGGACCCUAUGUGCAAAUACCAGAAGACGAUGAACUUGUCAGACUUGGAACAUGUGGUGCAAAGCUUGAACAGCGUCAAUCCAGUCGUGCUUAUUAGGAGAGAUGACAGUCGCCGGAAGAAACUUCACAAUGUGUUCGCUGUUCUGUCAGGGAUUUUGUGUGGUUUUAAGCUGUAUUGCUUGAUUCGUCCAAACUGAUGUUGAUUUUAGUCUUUAAUAAUUUAUCCUGUAAUCUGUCAAUGUUCUUCCAAAACUUUUGAGCCAAUUAUAUUUCUUUAAAAAUUAAAACAAAAAUGCUACUAUUAUUUUCAUUCACAAUUUGUUUGUAAAGGUAUUAUGAUAAGCAGUUCACGAUUCUUUAUAGUGUUCAUAUGACAAUUUUCUGUGAUAUGAUAUGAUAUUUGAUGUCUUCAAAAUUUUGAAUGUAAUUGUGUAGUGCCAUUUUAGCCAAUAAGAUAAUGUGCAUGUUCAAGUGCUUAAAUUGGAUUUUGCUGUUCCCGGUCACAGUUAUACUUCAACAGAUGUAUGUUAUAUUAGUCAUUAUAUGACUGCAUUAAGUUUUAUGUAAUUUAAUGCAACUGUUUGCUUCGGCAUAAAUUAUAUGCAUGUUCAAUUGAAUACCAGUGAAAAUAUGUAUGUUGGGACAAAUGGUCUGUUGUGAGUUCUUGUUUGGCAAUAAAAUAAUCUUUUAACUGUA